AUUGCAAGCGGCCCCGAGUGCACUAGGGGAUCAACAGAUAUCGGUUUGGGUGCGGCACUGGCUGUGUUUGUAGCUACUCUAAGCACACCCUGUGCGGAAGCCUGAGAGUGUGUAGAGCAGAGCUGGAGAAGCCCGCGCUUCCCGGGUUCGAAGAGAAAAAACCCGGUUGCCUUGAACUGAACAUACGCAGUAAAUAAUCACACGGUAAACAGCUUUCAUCAUGGCGUCCAGAAGCUCCUGUGUGGUGAUCAGCGAUGAGGAGCAGGGUUAUGAUCUUGACCUCUUCUGCAUUCCAAAGCACUAUGCUUCUGACCUGGAACGUGUCUAUAUACCUCAUGGAUUAAUAAUGGACAGGACUGAGCGACUGGCCAGAGAAAUCAUGAAGGAUAUGGGGGAACACCACAUAGUUGCGCUCUGUGUGCUCAAAGGUGGCUACAAGUUCUUCGCAGACCUGCUGGACUACAUAAAAGCACUGAACCGCAACAGCGAUCGCUCCAUUCCAAUGACUGUAGACUUUAUUCGCCUCAAAAGCUACCAAAAUGACCAGUCUACAGGUGAGAUCAAGGUGAUUGGUGGAGAUGAUCUAUCCACACUCACAGGGAAGAACGUCUUGAUUGUGGAGGAUAUCAUUGAUACUGGGAAGACAAUGCAGACAUUGUUAGAACUUCUCAAGCAGUACAACCCAAAAAUGGUCAAGGUGGCCAGUUUACUUGUGAAGAGGACACCAAGGAGUGUUGGCUACAGACCUGAUUUUGUAGGAUUCGAGGUCCCUGACAAAUUUGUGGUGGGAUAUGCGCUAGAUUACAAUGAGUACUUUAGGGAUUUAAAUCAUAUCUGUGUCAUCAGUGAAACAGGAAAAGAGAAGUACAAAGCUUGAGGUGGUUUGAACCUCCCCUGUUUAGCUGUACUUAAUUUUUUACCAAUGACCGUUUUAUAUUACAUCCGGUUUGUAAUUUUACCGAGCACUGCAUGUGCAGUCCUUUGCUCCAGGAGUAAAAAAUGCAGAGACAUGGUUCUUGUCAAGGCAUGAUGGGGCUCUCAGGCCUUUCUCUGCUGAAUCAAAUAAUUAUUUUGGUUUGAAUGUAUUUAACAUUAUAUAUAUAUAUAUGGUUGUAAAUGUCUAAUUUAUUUUGCAUCAUUUUGAAACAAUUGCCCACCCUUUUCUUUUAAAAGCUUGCAGCCAAAAUUAAAGAUCUUGACUGAUAACCGAUCAGUCUUAUGAAAUUGCUCACAACAAAAUUGAAUUGCCACUUAAAUUUGUACACUGUAUAAAGCCAUGAUGUGCAUAAUCAAAUGUUGUUUUAAGUAACCAUUUAUUUUUGCACAUUUCCGUUUGCGUAGUUUAAAAAUGAGCUGUACCAUUGGUCCAAAAACAUUUUUAAACACACUUAAGAUGUUUA